CGUAGUAGAUUAAUAUUUUUUGCAGCUUUUCUUAAUUUUUUUAUUCAAGGACAUAUAAAUAUAAUAUAUUUUGCAUACUAUAAUCUUCUCAUCAGAUACAGAAAUAGGAAAUAAUCAUUUAAAAAAAGAUACAUUCAAAACCCGACUGGUUUUGAAUGUUUGGUCCCUCCCUUGUUUCCGUAGUGCAUUUGUUGUGGUUCUUUUGUAUCCGGAAGAAUAUGUGAAGCUAGCUCGUUUGCUAAUUUAAAUAUAACUUCUUCCGCUUAUGUUAUAACACAUGUUGUAUGUUUAAAUCUCUGUAUUUAGAAAAUACGCAAUUGUAACUUGUAUGUGGAGCUUUUUGCUGGCUUACUGCUGCAUUAUAGGAUGCUAUAGCAAGCUAGCCUCCAGGAGCUAAGUCACAAAGUGCAGCAUGAAACCCAUGAUACUGAGGCAGUGUGUUCUCCAUGGACCCAGUGGAUCAUGCCUCUGAUCCUGUUUGCCUUCGUGGUUCGGCUCAGGGAUGGACUCCCCCUGUCGGCCUCCACAGACUUUGAACACUUCCGAGAGCUCCAGGAGAGGAAGCAGCAGCUCAGGACCAUCAGCAAGACCCUGGCCCGAUUCCCUGAGAGAGGGACCGUCAAGGGCCAGGAGCUCAACAUAUUCUUCAUCUCUUCAGAGGGAGUGUCCUACAUGACGGUGUGUCACUGCAGCCUUCCUGUGGCUAAGGCCUUCUGCUUCCUGGAAGACCUGCGCUGGGAGUUCACAACAUGCUUCAAUAGCACUGCUGUUUCCCUGGCAGACAGGCCAUAUCCAUUUUUGGAAUUUGACAGCACCAUUCAGAAGCUGAAGCAGCAGUACAACCAGAGCGGGGGUCCGGCGCUGGAGGUGACGUUGGCAGAGGUCCAGGGGGAUCUGAUCAUCCAUCCACCGCAAGAAAUUAACCUGGAGGAAGUGGACCUCACCAACGGCACUGCUAAUGGACACAUGGAGCAAGGCCCUGCAUCAGGUCAGAAUGUUAGACUGGAACCAGUGACGGCGCCAGGCAUCCUCUCUCUGGUUCUUAAUAUCGUGUGUGCAUCGUUGAACAUAAUCCGUGGUGUUCACCUCAUAGAGUACACAUUUCAGGAUGAUUAUGAAGGCAUCUGGAACGUUGUGGCGUUUCUGCUGGCGUUUGUCUGUUGUGUGUGUCAGUGCCACCUCUACCUGUUCCACUCCUCUCUGAAGAAACACAAGUCCUUCGCUCUGCUGAGUGUGAUCGUCCUAUGCAACCUCUACCUGCUCGGCCUGAGGAACCCGUGGCAGCUGCUCUUCCACCUCUCAGUGGCCUGCAUCUCCACCCUCCUCAUCCUCCGCCGCAAACUCAUAGACAGAAGCAAUGACUGUGGAGUCUGAGGAUGAGAGGACAUUUUACUACGUUGCAGCGCGCACAGCUUGAGGUAUGAAGAGGGGUUCUUAUCAUAAAAUCAUUCAUGUUGUGUCAUAACGGACAAUUAUAAGUACAAGUUGAUAUUUUCUUGUAUACAUUAUGUACUUGCACUUUGUGUAUUUGUUUUCAAGAGAAUGAAAGUGACUAUUUCUGGAACUUUAAAAUGAUCUGCAAAAGCUUCGAGGUUUUAGAAACAAAAUGUUUGUGCCAUCCUGUUCCAAAAAUGUUUUUUAGGAAAGUUGUUUUUCUGUCAGAAUUGCUGACCAAAGUUUUUCAUGAAGAUACAAUCCAGUCCUACUUGCUAUUUUUAAGCAUUUCAGCUCUCGUACGGCUCAGUAUUAUUUCUGCUUUACAGGCUUUGAUUAUCUCUUUAUCACAACGCUGAGUGACAGUUGGUGAUUGUAACAUAUGCUAGUUAGUAGUGAUAUAUCUGCUUUGGUAAUGGUGGGUUUCAUUUGAGGUCAGAAACAGUCGGGUAACGCGGACAAUGUAGCUUUUUUUUAAAUGUAUUUUGCAUUAUUUAAUCAUUAGGCUUCAGCAAAACCCUAAUGCAGAGGUGUAAUUAUUAAUCUGGGGGUUGUUUCGCGCCUUAUUGUAUGAAAAAUAUUGUUUGAUUUUGUUUGAUUGUGUUGUCUUAUACACCGGCAAGUGCUCAGCUAGUCAUUGCAAAGGAUCAAAUGUAAGGGCUCCGUAUUGUUUAAUGACUACAUUCAAUACUGAGGGAAUAUAAGUGUUAUAUUCAUUAUGUUUAAGGCAUGUUAUAUUAAGAGACAUUUAUCACAUCAACUACAUUUUUGUACGAUCAAAGCAGAUUCUUUUUUCUACUGAUCUCGCCAUUUUUAAAUUGUAAAAACUGCGGGUAUAAAUAUGAAGGCACUGAUUUUAUGGGUAAAAUAGUUUGGAAAUGAGUUGGAGUUUAUUUAUUUGGACUGCACGGCUAAGAUUUGUUUUGCGUUGGUUACGGCGAUUAUUCUUGAAUGUGCUGCAUAUCGGGUUCAGCUUUUUAUAUCCUGAUUUAUGUUUACUGUAGUUCUCAGAUUCCUAUAAACAUCAAAUCACAUUUUAUGAUCGAUGUUUGAAUAUAGAACAGUAGUGCUGCUAAACGAAUAGGAAAUGUCUAAUUUUACUUAAUUAUUUGUAAUGUUUUUGGGUAUUUAGCUUCUUAGAUAUUCAUUUAUUUAUAGCUUAACAGUUGCACUAAUGUCUGUUAAGCAUGGGAAUUCAUUUCUUAGUUUAUUGUGACAAACAAGUACCGUUGUGGCAUUGUGUAAGUAUUUUACAAGGAAAGUUGGAGGGAAUUUUAAUCCAAAUGUCCUUCACAAUGUAGAAAUAGUUUAGAUAACGUCACUUUUAGUUAGUACAAAGAGUGAGGAGCCUUUUAAUACAAAACUUAAUUUGUUCCUAAAAAACGUUUGGCUAAUUUGUGAGAAUGGCUUUGAGGAGUAAACUGUUGUCUCUAAAUCAGGGGUGUCAAACUCAAGGCCCGGGGGCCAAAUCCGACCCACGACUUCAUUUGAUGUGGCCCGCAAGAACUUGCAAAGAAUAUAACACGUUUAUUAUACGGUUACAUGCCACUUUACAGAAGCAGGUUGCCCAUAAACUACAUGUCCCACAAUGCAUCUCAUUUUGUGACAUGCACACUGAAGAGACUUGCAAUUAUUUGCCCUCGACUUCUGCUUUCAGACGUAGUUAAUUAUGAAGUUAUUACCCUAUCUGAUAAUGUAAUAUAAUACAUUAUUUUAUAUAUAUUUAUAUAUGUAUAUUUAUAUAGUUACAACCGGCCCUUUGAGUGCAACCAUGAUGCUGAUGUGGCCCGCGAUGAAAUUGAGUUUGACCCCCCUGCUCUAGAUGGUCUUUUACUGGCUCAAUUUCAGAUACAAAGUACAAUUUUUUUAUAUUUUCUGUGCAGAUAAUUAGUGAAUCUGUAAUAUCUUUCAUAAAAAAGAGGGUUUUACUGAACCACCAUUUGUACUGUUGAAAACAAGUUUUUUGACACGUAAAUUGUAAAAUAAUGUGGGAGAUAUUUGAACAUUUGAAAUGGAAAUGAAGGAUAAUUUAGUAGAUUAUGAAGGUAAAUAACAUACAGUAGAAAUGCACUGUACAACAGAAACAUGUGGAAGCCUUCCCUUAAUAUUUUGUUCUAAAAGUCUUAAGUGAUCAGAAUACAGGAAACGGUUUUAAAUUAUUGAAUGAGGUAUGUUUAACGGGACAUUUUCUUAAUCUUGUUCAAUUACAAAGCAGUCAGCUGAAUGCUUUGUAUCUAAUUAGACUCUAAUUAGACAAUUGAUAUUGUUUAUUUUGUGGCUGCAACCUGUAAUGUAAUUAAAUGUAACUGCCAAAUACACUGGUGAUGACAGGGCUUUAUUUUUUCCUGCUGUGGUAAAACUGACAUUUCAUUAAUAAACAGUGUCUUUUUUCCCA